AUGGGUCAAAGCCUUAGGGAAGUCCAACGCCCGACAAGAUCUCUAGUGACACCCAAAAACAUUUUCACCAUCGGUCACUGGAAUGUGAGAACCAUGUACAGGGGAGGAGCUACAGCACAGAUCGUGAGCGAGAUGAAAAGAUCCCAUCUGGAUGUGCUCGGGAUCAGCGAGUGCAGGUGGGCAGGAGCGGGCAGGACGAGGUUGGCUACGGGACAGACGUUGAUGUACAGCGGAGAUGAUGAACUACAUGAGGGAGGCAUUGCUAUAUUGAUAAGUCAACAGGCAGAGAAGUCACUCAUGGAAUGGACACAAGUCAACAAGAGGAUAAUAACAGCAAGAUUCUACUCGAGAUACAGAAGUGUGACUAUAAUUCAAGUGUAUGCCCCUCACAACAAGAGGGAGGAAGAGGAGAAAGAACAGUUCUACCAAGAACUACAAGAAACAUUAGAUGGAUGCAACAGGAACGACAUCACCAUCAUCAUGGAAGACCUUAAUGCUAAAAUGGGAAGUGACAACAGCGGGUACGAGAGGACUAUGGGCGUGCAUGGGCUGGGGAUGCAGAAUGAUAAUGGAGAAAGGUUAUGCAAGUUUUGCCAGCUGAAUGGACUUGUGAUAACAGGUACAUUAUUCCCACACAAGAAUGUCCACAAAGCAACAUGGGUAUCUGCAGAUGGAAGAGUAAAGAAUCAGAUCGACCACCUCCUGAUCAACGGUAGGUGGAGAUCAUCUGUCCUGGACACGGGGGCACAGAGAGGAGCUGAUAUCAAUAGCGAUCACUACUUGGUGAGGACACGCAUCACGCUGCGCCUCAGUACCCACAGAAACAACUAUCAGGUAAAGCCGAGGUUAGAUGUGGAACGACUGAGAAAUGACAAGACGAGAAAGAAGUACUGCAGGGCAGUCAUAAACAAGCUGGACACCACAAGGAAUGAUAGUGAUAACAUAGAGGAGAUAUGGGAGCAGCAGAGAAAUGCCUAUACAAAAGCGGCAGAAGAGGUUCUUGGGUACAAGAAAAGGGUAAACAAACCAUGGAUCAGCAACAUUACCUGGAGGCUGAUCGACGAGAGAAUUGCCAAGAUACGGGUUGAAAGCACCCGAUCAGAAAGAAUUAAAAACAGAAUGAGAGAAGAGUACAUAGAAAAGGACAGGGAAGUGAAGAGGAGUGUAAGAGAAGACAAAAGAAUGUGGAUGUCAGAAGAAGCGGCAAGAGCACAGAACACAGCAGAAAGCGGAAGACAAAAAGAAUUGUACAGUAUUGUGAAGCGGCUGACAGGACAGAGUACCAGCACCAGGCAAACUGCAGCAGUGAAGAGUGUGAACGGAGAGCUGCUGAAGAGGAAAGAGGCCAGAAUGGCAAGAUGGAAGGAACAUUUUCAGGGAGUUCUCAACAGAGAAGCACCAGAGGAACCACUAGAAGAAGUGGGACAGGAGCUCAAUAUCUCAGUUGAGGCACCAGAUGUGGCGGAAAUAAGGGCCACACUGAAGACCCUCAGGAAUGGAGGUGCCCCUGGGGCAGACCAAAUUUCAGCCAAAAUGCUUUAA